CCGCCCUCGGCUCCCCUGCCGCGCCGUGCCGCGGAGCCAGCCCGGGAAGCCCACACUGGCGGGCCCGGAGCGGGAGCCCCCCCGCGCAGCCGCAGCCGCGCCCGCUGCAGCCGUACGCCUCGAUGCCGGAGCACGGCAGCUGCUUCUUGUGAAGGCUUGUCGGGCAGCGGGUUGGAGGCCUUGGGGCUGAAGGCAGCGGGACCGGGAAAACCGGUUUCAGAGUUCUGCGUCUGAGGAAGACAUAACCUCGUGCCCGCCUGCGCACCCUCACCAGCCCUGCUAGCCCCUCAGGGUCCGAGACGCUGACCCUCCCCGCCCAGCCAAGGGUACCUUGGACUCUGCUGUCCCCAGACCCGUGCAGCUGAGCAGACCAGGCGGCCAUUACACCUGAGGGGACUGAGGAGUGGGCAGUCAAGGCACCAGAGCAAGAGCCCUCUGGGGCCUCAGGCAGAGGAGUGAAACUGGAACCAUCAGGGAACAUGAGUGAAUUUUGGCACAAACUGGGUUGCUGCGUGGUAGAGAAACCCCAGCCGAAAAAGAAGAGGAGACGAAUUGACCGGACCAUGAUUGGGGAACCAAUGAAUUUUGUCCACCUGACUCACAUUGGCUCUGGGGAGAUGGGGGCCGGAGAUGGACUUGCCAUGACAGGUGCAGUUCAGGAGCAGAUGAGAUCCAAGGGAAACCGAGACAGGCCAUGGAGCAAUUCUAGGGGAUUGUAGCUCCAACAGAAAUGGUUCUGCUGUCUGAAGCCUCUGUUCCAUGUCCAGCCCAGAAGAGAUGCUACCCCCUCCUCGAACCAGUGACCCCAGGGCCCCUCUUUUCCCUCUCUGCCUAUUAGUACCUCAGAAGGCUUGGGGGCUGGACUCCCUCUCUUCCCUCUGGCUCUAGCCCCUCCUGGAGAUGGGCUCAAGGCAGCAGGACUGACCAAGUGACUACUGGUUGGCCAGAGGAGCUCAGCUGAAGCCCUGGACACUCAGAUCUGAGAUAGGAGUUUUCUGGGAACCUGGAAGGCGUUCCCUUCUCCUGAAUGACGGUCUAGGUGCCAUCUGUUUUUAAACUCUUAACCUGGAACUCCUUAAAUGGGGUAGGUGGGUGAGAUUACCAAAGCUGAAGCCGGCUUUGCUGAGAAGCUCCUUACCUCCCUGCCCUUCUCCUUUUUCCUCCUGGAAUGAACUGAAACAGAGGUCAAGCAGGGGAUGGGAGGGUGACCACUGCCUAGUCUCCUCUUUCUCUUUAGAUCUCAGACCUUCAGCUCAUGGUCCCUCGAUAUCUCUCUGCCACUACCAGCUCUUUGUCUAGUAGGCCUCUAACCCUGUUUCUGCAGCACUGUGAGUUCUCCAACAUCUUUUUCUUUUUUAAUUAAAAAUGUAACUUAAGAUGAGUUCUCUUAAUUACCCCCCUCCUUCUACUACCUCUACCUUUAGUCCCAUCCCCAGUAGGAACCUUAUUGUUUCCCAUUGAAUGAGAGCUAAGGUAAGAAGUGGGUCUUAACCUGAUGGUACCCCAUUCAAGUCUUGGGGACCUGGCCUGCCCUCUGCCAAUCUCCCUGCUGGCCCAGGUGAGGAGGAAGAGGGAUCUGGAGAGAAACUCAGAAUGCUGCAAAACUAGGAAGUGUGUCUCAGAGUGGACUUCCUAACCAUUGAGAUUGAGAGGGUAGGUUGAAAACAAUCAUCUGUGAGUUUAGGGAUCUUAAGAUUCUCUCCGCAUGGGAGCAGGGACACCUCUAGAGCAAAGGAUUCUCAACGUAGGCACUUCUGACAUUUGGGUUGGAUAAUUCUUUGUAAUAGGGGACUGUCCUGUGCAUUUUAGGAUGUUCAGUAGUGUAUCUGGCCCACCCUAGUUAGGACAACCAGAAAUGCCCCCAGAUAUUGCCAGAUGUCUCCUAGGAGGCAAAAUCACCCCCAGAUGAGAGCCACUGCUCUAGACUCAAGGUAUUUUUCUUUAAAGUGUUUUCCCCACCCUACCCCCAUCCCAUUAUUCAUCCUAAGCCUGAGCCAUAGAUGAACCAGGCCCUCUUGCAAAGUAGGCUCUAUAGGGCUGCACAUAAUGUCUGAAACAGUCCUUUAUUCAGUGUGUUGCUUGUGCUUGCAUGGGUUCAUGUCCCUGAUGGAUGCGUACUGUGCUUCUCCAUUCUUGUUUGGAGGAGGGGUUCCUGCAGUAUGGAGGCAGGAACAGAGUAUGGCGAGAUUGGGGAAGGGAGAGAGAAAAAGCAGUAGGGUCACAGACACCCAGGUUUAUCCUCUGCAAACUUUAAGCUCUAUUUCUGUGCCCCAGUCCUAGAACCAGACACAAAUAAGACUCAGGGAGUUUUGUCUGAAGACCAGGUCCCACUCCCCACCUGGCUGAAGAGUCUGCGUUAGGUGGGAAAAUAAUGCAGGAGCAGGGUCUUUAGGCAGUUUUUCUUCUCAGGUGUUUUUUCUUCUGGCCCCUCCCUUGCAGGGUGGUUAGGAAGGCGGAACAUGACCAGUGAGCUCCUCCUGCUCUGAGACAGGAUGGGGGUCUCUCAUUAGCUCAGCAACAAGAAGCAUCUUGAUGGUGAGGGGGGUCAGGAAGGUGGGAACUAGGAUCCACUCUGCUGAGUCCACCAUCCAUCAAGUUUGCCCCACCUAUAGUGACACCUUCUAAUUUUGUUCCAAUUUCAGUGUAUUUCCUGCCACUUUUCAGGGUCUAGGGUUGGUCAUACAUUCCCAAUUGACUCUGUUCCAAUCUACCUAGUUGUUCUGAAAGUAGCUCAUCUUGUCCUAAAGUAGCUUAAUAACCUGAGGGCUAUAGUCAAUCUGAAGGGUUCACAGGAUAGGGGAGAAGGAUGGGGGACACAUGGACUCUGGUCACCCCGAUCUUCCGCCUUGUCCUAAUGCCUCUUCUUUGGACACAGUCGUCUUUGGUAUUCUCUUGCCUUUAGCCACCUUUUCUAACGUAUAUGCUACCAUCACUUGAACAAUACUUAAAAAGUGAUGGGAAUGGGUUUGAGAGUCAUAAUUUAUAUUAAAAUGUGUUGGACUUUUAAAUACAUUUUUCAAAUAAAAAAUGUUUAAGCAAAA